AGUUUCGUUUCUCCAAAAGUGACCCGCCUCUGAUAUAAAGCCCUGAGCUGCUGUCGCUGCUGCGCACAAUCUCCAUCCGAGGUCCACACCAAGUCGAGGGAGAAUGGGUAUAUUGACAGGUUUGGCCAUCGCUGCCGGGGCAGGUGGCGCAGUGGUGGCUGCUCCGGUUGUCCUGGGGGCCAUAGGGUUCACCUCACUGGGGAUAGCCGCAGGCUCCUACGGCGCAGCCAUGAUGUCGUCCGCGGCAAUCGCCAACGGAGGAGGCGUGGCAGCCGGAAGCGCGGUGGCCAUUUUGCAGUCAGCAGGUAUGGCCGGUCUGUCAUCAGCCGCCACUGCAGCCGUGGCCGGAGCUGGAGGAACAGUGGGAGGAUUGCUGGCCAUACUCAUCUGACACCAAGUGAUACUUUGGCCAUUCACUAAUUGUGUGAAUGAAGUAGAUAACUCGCUAAAGCAGAACUUAUGUGCAUCGAAGUGAAAUGUGAGGGCAACUUAUAUUACAUUGUCAAGUUGCUCAAACUUUCACUUGAACAAUUCUUAAAUAAAAUGCUUUUGAAAAGUA